AUGCCAGAACUCGGAACUGUCAUGCCGAACAUGGUAUCUCCUGCAACUCCCGGAACGCCGGGCACGCCAUCUCCGCUGCUGUCGGUGCAAGCUCGGGUCGAGUCAGCGUCGUACGACCGUCUUUCCAUGCCGCGCUGCAAGUGUCUGCCAGCCAGCUCGCUGGCUAAUUCCCAAAGCUGCCUCGUUGACUUCCGGGUUCCUGACGUUUCACUCACCAAGAAGGUACGAAGUUCGAAGGUUUUCACCUCUCUCUCUCUCUCUCUCUCUCUCGCUAUUUAUAUAUAUAUAUAUAUAUAUAUACAUACAUCUCUGCUGUGUUUAUCGAUCAGAAGAGAUGGCAUGACUCGAGAUUGUAGUUUGGAUUUAUUUUCCUUUUUCUACUACCACGUGCUCGCGUUCUUGUUUUCGGUGUUUAGAAUAGAGUGUCCAGAAAUGAUUGGUGCCCACUUCUACAUAAUUGGUUAUACCUAAACCAUCAUUUCUACUUUUAAUUUUUUUUCCUAGAAAUGGAUUAUUGAGUCACUGGUUGGAAUGCCAAGAAUUGCUUACCUUUUCGUCUUUCCGAUGUAUCUGUCCCUUAACUCAAUUGUUUGAAUUCGUCCUCGCAACCACUUCAUGGUUACUAUUUCCUGAGGCUUUUUAUUCAAGAUCAUCUUCUCAAUAUAGUGUCUCGAUUAGUUCCUUUGAGAUAGUCGAUUAUCAAUCCCUGGUUCCAUGAGAAGAGUUCUUUUUUUCCACCGUAAAGUUGGUCCGUCCCAUCCACUCAACGCAUCUCUCGCUAUCUCUCUACAUACAUAUAUUAAUAUUUUUUUGCAUGCCAACCCUCCUCCUUUCUAGUUUGUCUUGUUCUAGCCUCCGAAACUAUAAGUCAACAACUCCAUUCCAUUUUUUUAAUCUAUCUGCCGGCUCAUUAAUUUUUCUGUUGAAUAAAGAAACACAUGUGCCAAGUAGUUUACUCAACGAGGUCAGUUCAAGUUCUACAUUAUAACACUAGAAUACAAGAAUAGCUUCCUAGUCUACACCAACCAAAGCCGUAGCCGACAGACCUAGCUUAGCUCCGGUGACGUGCCUUGCAUAGAGUCGUCCUCCACUAUCUAAUAAUGCACAUUAUUUUAUAAAUUCAAUCAGCAUCGGUUUUUGACGCUAAACGACAUGUUGGACGAGACAAAAUUUACAGAUUUUGUCAUUCUUUUUAAUGAAAAUGUGAUUUAACUUUAUUUGACUUGCCUUUCUUGCUCUAUCCCACACACAAUGCAUUGUUUUUCAUAAUUGUUAUAAAUUAAACGUUAAUAAAUUAGUCUCUAUGUCAACUUUUUAAAAUAAGUUUGAGACAUUCAACUCUAGUCUUCAUAAUUUUCAGGUUUUUCAUUAGGAAGGGUAAUUUGAAUUCAAACCUAUAGCCAUUAUUCUUUAUUUCUAUGCACUAGUUCCGAAGAUUCAAAUUUUCUUGACCAUUAUUGACGAUUAUGAGCAAUAAUUUUUUUAUAUAAAAAUCAAUAAUUUGACGAAGUUCUAAACAUAUAGGAUUGCUUCAUUCAAUUUAAAAACUUCAUUAAUAUCUAAACAUAUAGGAUUGCUCAUUCAAUUUUAAAAUGUAUUUUUAAAUUUAAAAAAUUAACUAUUUACUUUAGUUUCAAAGUUUUGUUAAUAUACGAGGGUAAAAAGAGAGUGAAGGCUUCUGGCCUUUGGUCUUAUUAUGAUGCGAGAAGUUUUGCUACAAGAAAUCUCUGGGCCAAAGAUUCCCGCAGAUAGUUAAGAAUGAGCACCCAUCGGGCUCAAGUGAAUCCUGAAUGAAGUGAUCAUGUUGUAUGAUUAAUCAAGAAAUGUCUGCAUGAAAUAUACACAUAAACGGUGCUAGUCCUCACUAACCCGAAAUGGUUUCAGCUAGGGGCAGAGUUCUUGGGAACGUUCAUCCUCAUUUUCGGGGCCACGGCAGCGCCGAUCGUGAACCAGAAGUACAACGGCGUGGAGGGACUCUUCGGCAAUGCCCUCUGCGCAGGGUUGGCCGUCACAAUUGUCAUCCUCUCCACUGGCCACAUUUCCGGCGCCCACCUUAACCCAUCCCUCACCAUUGCCUUUGCCGUAUUCCGCCAUUUUCCUUGGGCGCAGGUGCCCGCCUACAUCAUCGCACAGAUUUCCGGCUCCAUCUGCGCCUCGUUUGCCCUCAAAGGCGUGUACCACCCCUUCCUCUCCGGCGGGGUUACCGUGCCGUCCAUUACUACUGCCCAGGCCUUCUUUCUCGAAUUAAUCAUCACCUUCAACCUCCUCUUCGUGGUCACUGCUGUUGCAACUGAUACAAGAGCGGUACACUGAUAUGCUCUUCAAUGUCUCUCUACCCAAGAGUUAUUUUCUGCCUAGAACUUAGAUUACGAUGUCAUUCUUGCAGGUGGGAGAAUUGGCAGGAAUAGCUGUAGGAGCUACUGUCGUGCUGAACAUCAUGAUUGCCGGGUGAGUGAGAUCUUACGCACACACUCCAUGUUUAACAGAAAUGACGAGAUAUCAGUAAUCAAAAAGGGGUCACUGAUUCAAAAGAUGAACCUGCUCCAUUUCUUGUCAACUAUUGAGAGGUUGUUAAUCUAAUAUUAUUAUAAAUUAAAAGUACAGAAAAAAUGUUAUAUAUUUGGUACCGAUGAGUUUUCCUUCGGAUGACACUAACAUUAAAAACUCUAGUUCCAAAAGUUUCGUACAUCUAUCGUCGGUUGUUCUGGUUGUAAGUCAUUCGCAUUUUCUUUUGGUGGUCUUUACUCUCAACCGAGCCCGUAGUUUUAACAAAACCACAACUAGAAAAUAACCUCUUAGCUAGAACUCUUUGGGCAUUGAUUUCAUUCACAACGACAGACUUCAUGUGUAACUAAGUCUAUGGUAUACCAAUAGUUCCUCGUCUUUUAUGAUUUCGCUUAUGUGGCUCUGUACCCGGAAACGACACGUGCAGGCCAGGGACAGGUGGAUCGAUGAAUCCUGUGAGGACGAUUGGACCGGCGAUCGCUGCUGGAAACUUCAGGCAGGUAUGGAUAUACCUCAUGGCACCGACAGUGGGUGCCAUCCUGGGCGCGGCCGCAUAUACCGCCGUGAAGCUGAAGGACGAUGAAAUAGAGCCUGAGCGUCAGGUAGCGAGCUUCCGGCGCUAG